GACUUUUAUUAUUUUGAGAAGCUACUUAAAGGUAUAACAGUCGAAUGAAGUUCCGCUACGCUAGGCAUGCUCUUGAAAAACUAUGUGAGCAAAAAUUUACUCGCCUUUGUUCCAUCACAUAUAAGGCUUCAAGUGAUGAAAAAAAUCUGAAAAAAUGGGAGAUGGUUCAAAGGACAACGCGUGAUUUAUCUUUUGAAGCUUUUAAAAGAACACCUGUUCCUAUAUCCUGCGAUUCAGUCGAUAUAUGUGCUGUUCUUAAUAGGCACGAUCAAAAAUAUCUCAUUCUUGUUGCGCAAUAUAGAGCUCCUUUAGAUUCUAUUGUCCUUGAGUUUCCUGCCGGGCUCAUAGAUAAGAAUGAAACUCCAACGCAAGCAGCCUUACGUGAACUGUUUGAAGAAACUGGAUACACUGCAGUAGAAAGCGAUAUCGUACAUGUGUCCCCAGCUAUUUGCCUUGAUCCUGGGCUGAGUGACACUUGUUGUUGCUUUAUACGAAUUGAAGUUGAUGGAACUCGUUUGGAUAAUAUUUCGCCUAAGCAACACUUGGAUGAAGGUGAAGAUAUCGAUGUAAUUUUGCUUCCAAUAACAGAUGCGAAGAAUAUUUUAAACUCAAUAAACGAAUUAAUCAAUGAGAAAAGAACAACGUAUGGGAAUAUGAUUCUAGAUGGGAGACUAUAUUCAUUUCUAGAAGCGCUAUCACAUCCCAUAAUUUAG